AUGUCUAAAAGACUUAAUUUCGACACCAGAUGUGUCCAAGCUGGACAGGAAGAGCCAGAAUCUGCCAACAGAGCAAGAGCUGUGCCAAUUUACGCUACAUCAUCGUAUGUGUUCAAGGACUCAAAGAACGGAGCUGAUUUGUUCGGAUUGAGAACACCAGGUUUCAUUUAUGCCAGAAUCAACAACCCAACCACAGAUGCUUUCGAGAAGAGAAUGGCCGCUUUGGAAGGUGGUUCACAGGCAGUUGCCACUUCGUCUGGUCUGAGUGCCCAGCUGUUGGCAGUUUUGGGUUGCGCACACACCGGUGACAACAUUAUUUCCUCCAGUUACUUGUACGGUGGUACUUUCAACGCUUUCAAGAACUUCGAGAAGUGGUUCAACAUCUCGCCACGUUUUGCCGACGGUGACGACCUCGAGUCGAUGAAGAAGUUGGCCGAUGACCGGACCAAGGCUGUGUACUUGGAAUCUAUCGGAAAUCCAAAGUACAACGUUCCAGACUUCAAGCCAAUCAUCGAGUGGGCACACUCGAAGGGUAUUGCAGUUGUCGUUGACAACACUUUUGGUGCCGGUGGCUACUACUGCAACCCAUUGGAGUUGGGUGCAGAUGUUGUUACGCAUUCUGCCACCAAGUGGAUCGAUGGCCACGGAACUGCCAUUGGAGGUGUUGUUAUCUACAAAGACGUUACCAAGGACAACGGCUUCAAGUUCUCCGACUACCCAGAGAAGUACCCACAGUUCUCGAAGCCUUCCGGAGGUUACCACGGAGAGAUCUUGAACGAGAAGUUCGGAGACUUGGCCUACAUUGCCUAUGUGAGAGUUGAGUUGAUGAGAGACCUUGGACCUACUCUUUCUCCAUUUGCCGCUUUCUUAAUGCUCAACGGUUUGGAAACCUUGGCCUUGAGAGGUGAGAAGCAUGCUAAGAACGCCUUGGCCUUGGCCAAGUGGUUGAAGAAGUCUCCAUACGUUGCUUGGGUGUCAUAUCCCGGCUUGGAAGACCAUCCUUACCACAAGAAUGCCGAGAAGUACCUUCACAACGGUUACGGUGCCGUUCUGUCAUUCGGUGUUAAGCCUGUUGCCAACCCAUCGGGCGACCAGUUCAAGGAGAGCGGUCCAAAGGUUGUCGACCACUUGAAGAUCUGGAGUAACUUGGCUAAUGUUGGUGACUCCAAGUCUUUGGUCAUCAACCCAUGGACCACCACUCACGAGCAGUUGAGCUCUGAGGAGAAGCUAGCCUCUGGUGUGACCCCAGACUUGCUAAGAUGUGCUGUUGGUAUCGAGAACGUUGAGGAUCUUGAGGCAGACUUGGAGCAGGCCUUCCAUGCUGUUUUCGACGAGCAGAAGAAGUAA